CAUGACACCUGUACUUUACAAUCAACGGGUUUCGCAUCAGCAACAGGUGCGUGCGGUAAGAAUGAGAUAGGAAACAAAAGCCAGAUUGACAACAGAUGUUCACAUAUGUCCUCGAACGACAGCGCGACUACCAGUUAAGCUGCAACUAUACCAGAUUUGGGAUCUGAAUACUUUGCAAAUAGGUAUCUGUGGAUGAUGGGGAACGAAGUCUUGCUCUACGUCCCUAAUAUCAUAGGCUAUGCUCGUCUAUGUUUACUUGCUGUGAGCAUCAGCAUGUAUGAUUCGCCUGUUAUAUUCCUCAUCUUCUACUGCAUAUCUGCUAUCCUGGAUGGAUUUGAUGGCUAUGCUGCCCGAAAAUUAAAUCAGAUGUCAGGGUUUGGAGCCUGGUUAGAUGUAGUUGUGGACCUAAUCAGCAGGGGAAUCCUAUGGUGUUUCAUCAGCAAGUGGGGCUACUUUGUCAUGGUUAUAGAGUGGAUGACAUUUGUAGCCACCCACAGUGGAGGCUCCAACUGGAAGAUACCAGAAGAAGAUUUUCCAGUCGUAUGUCGGAAAGUCAUGGAGAAUGGAUUUAAAACUCCAUUGGGAACAUAUGCUAUAACAGGCUUACACAUCCUCCCAAUCUGGCUGUACAUUUGCUCAAAGGAUCUCAUAGUUGCAUCCCUUCAACUGUCUCCAUGGAUUCAGCAUUCUGUUACCUUAUUUCUGAUUGGUGGAAGACUUCUGUCAUUGAGAGUCGAGAUUUUUUUCAUUUCAAAGCACCUAGCUGUUCUCCUGUCUGCAGAUGAAAUAGAGAAUUCAUAAAUUCUGGUAUAACACUACAGGUAAUAGUCAUUUCUGGAUACAAUUAGUGCUAGCUAUAAGUUGGUAAUGUAUAAUUGACAAAUACUCAAUUCUUUGGAUGACAAUGAUUUACACUGUAGCCAAGGGACCAGCUGUUUAUGCCUGGAUUUUCACAAGCCAUGACUCAAUGUUUCAAAAAAAAAAGAAAAUUUAAUUAUUGAGAAAUAUCUGAAACUUUUAAAAAAAAAUUAAAGUUUUUCAUCUCCAAAUUUUAGUUUAGAACUUCAAGAUUUAUGAAAGUAUACAAAUUUUUAAUUUUUUGCCCACUAUCAUCAGAUGAUGGGCCAUUCAAAUUGCCCUGCAUGGUCCUCUCUGUCUGUCUGGGAUGGAUUUCUCACAUUUCAUGUGUAGGUUCCUCUAAGUCCUUAGAUGUGCUCUUUUGAUUUUGGAAUUGGUCAGAAAAACAAAAUGGCUGGCAGGUGGUUGUCUUGGAUUUUCAGCUCACCUAGCCCAAAGGUGCCUGAUUUUGAUGAACAUAGGUCUUGAGCAUUAUUGGGCAAAGAAGAUCUUAUGUUGUAUAAAUGGAUGGUUUGACUCCCUUCGGGCCUGAGCUCAAUAAGGGAAAUAGAGGUAAAUCCUUAAAAUAGCUACUAAUCUUGAAAGACUGAAUGGAUUGUGAUGAGAUUCAGUCUUUAAAUUUUUAGGCAAAUGAGAUCUAAUAUUGUAUAAAGAAAGGAUGCAGCAUUCCUUGGGUGAGAGAAAGGGGGGCCAAUGGCUGAAAUAUAGCAAAUAAAAAUCCUUUAAAAUCUUUUUUCAUUCUUAAAAAUGAUGGUAUUUGGUCCACACGUAGUGUUGGGAAGGCAGCUCUAAAGUAGGAAAAUGUUUGAAAUAUAACUUGAAUGAGAGUAUUUUGCCAUAAUUACUGAAAUAUCCAGGUGAGCGAUACAGGCCCUCUGGACAUUGCUAAUUUUAAGGAGUACAAGAAGGACACUUCUGAAACUUCAUGUGGAGGUUCCCCUCAGUCCCUAGUUAUUUAAUUUUGAAAUGGAUCCAGAAAAAAUAAAUGGUGACAAGCAGCCAUCGAUAGAUUUUGACAUUUGAAGAUUUUUAUCUCUAUUUCAUUGAGAACCACAGGAAGGAUGUUUCUCAAUAUUCAUAUGUAGGUAGGAAUUGCCUUUUGCCCCUAGUUAUGCCAAUUCAAUUUUGUGUCAGAUCUGAAAGUCGAAAUUGUUUACAGGUGGCCAUCUUAGAUUUUUACAGUUGAAAGUUGUUAUUGAUAUAUCUCAGAAAGUUCUUCUUGGAUCUUUCUUAGGCUUCAUAUGUACAUGUAGAUUAUCCAUGGUAUGAAAUGAUUAAGAGGGGAAAGAAGAGGAAAGUGGAGAAAAGGUCAAUCUUUUAUACGACUGAUAAAGAUCAUUCAAUAGUUGGCGCCAAGAUAAGAUUCCUCUUGGAUCUCUCUUGUUGCAUUGAAUUUAUGGAUAUGAUUUAUUGUCAUUUUACACAUAACUGAUUGUUAGAAACCUUGUGAGCUUUUAUGUGGUCAAUUCAUUGUAAUGAAUCUUUGUUAUGUGCAAUUUACCAAAAUUAUCUUACUGUAUAUAAAAUAAUUUUAUUGUUAUACAUGUAUUUACAAUUCAACUUUAAAACUUUGUUAUGGACAUUAUUAUAAAUGCUUUAAAUUAUUAAGUGAAAAAGUUAUCUCUUAGAAUUGACAAAUAACUGCCUUUAUAUAUAUUUUACAAGAACAAUGAAAAGACCCGUACAUCUGGAAAAUAGUAAAAUUCUAGUCUCAUUAACAUUUUAAUUUAUGUCUGCAUUUAUUUAUUUUCUUUCUUUUUUUAUUAUUAUUGUUUCUUCCCCGUUUUUAGGCUUCACUAAGUUUACUUAAUAGUUUUCUAGUCACCUUUAUUUAGACAUAGUAGAGUUCAAUAAUUUCAGCCUGAAUCUUCAUGUUGCUGGAAAGUCACUGAAUUGUGACAUCAUCGAUGACGUCAUCAUUUCUAUUAUGACGUCAUCACACGUACUGAUGAUGUAAUCAGUACAUGUGUUCCCAAUUAAGUUAAAUUAGGAUACUCCUGCUUUCCAAAGCAUUUUGAAUUUUCAAAAAAAGUUUAGUAUUGCAAAAGUUAUUACCUGUCAAAGUCGGGACAUGUUUUUUGGGACACCCUGCAUAUGUGCCUGUACUAGGCAUUUCUAAUUAAUAGGACAUUGUACCACAUCACUGUCAUACUAUGACAUCAUCAUGUUUGUGAUGUCAUGGACUACAGAACUAAACCUACCUCACAACUACAUGUAGUAGUAUAUCAUAUGUUCGGUAGUCCUCAAUAACCAUCAUUGUCAUGAACGAAGUUUCAUAAAAUAGUCAAAAUGUUUGCUCUGGUAUAUGUCCUGAUAAAAUACAUCAUAAUUAUCAAUGUACACUUGUUAAUUUAUUUUUCUACUCAAAGUAUCAUCUACCUCAUUAAAUGUUACUUCCAGUUUUGUAUUUUGAAUUAAUUGGGAUUGGCUGACUGCUUGAGUGAAGUAUAAUAGUAACAACAGCCAAUCAAAAUUAAUCAGAAAAUUUUGUGCCAAUAACAGAAUUGCAGUUGGUAUUGUACAGUGAGUGAUAAUCAAUGUACAUAUUUUGUCACAAAUCUAUUGAAUCAUAUUUUAGUCUUGUAAUUUUCUAGCAAAAUGUUAUCAGUUGAACUUUAUGUUACUAUAGUGAUACAGUGUGUGUCAGAAGGAUGUUAUCAGACAGUUGUACUUUAUGCUACUAUAAUGAUAUGCUAUCUGUUGAACUUGAUAUGUGACUAUAACAAUAUUUUUUCAGAAGAACAAUAUCUGUUGGACUUUAUGUUACUAUAGUAAUGGUCUUUCAGAUGAACAAUAUAUGUUGAACCUUAUGUCACUAUUGUAACGCCUGGUCUGUCAGAUGAACAAUAUCUGUUUGACUUUGGCUUUGGCUCUGUUUUUAAAACAAAAUACCAGCGGUAUAUCAGAACUAAGAUGGCUGUUUAGGCCCAUUCUGACUUUUGUUUAUCCAUUUAACACAUUGAGUAAUAUUUACUCUAGGGCUUGUUGAUUGUUGGUAAUUAUUUACAUGCUGUUUACUGUUACAGAUUUUUUUUCUACCACCACAAUAGGUUGGUUUAAUAUAACUUCCAAGGCAUGAAAUAAUUGA